GGUGCAACCUCAAACAAACGAUACGCAUCACUAUUCCCAGUCUUCCUCUAUCAAAGCCCAACCGCAAGAAAUUUCAAUCGUCUACCGCUUGUCCUAACACGGAAGCUCACCAUGAGGCACGGAACUGCGAUGAAGAGUGCGAAGGCCCCGAAGAAAUCUGAGCAGACUGCGAAGAAGACUGCGAACAAGACUGCGAGCAAGACUGUGAAGAAGACUACAAAGAAGACUAUUCGAAUCUCGAAGCCUCUCAAAGAGUUCACGGUCUUCCCCAAAUUGCCGAUAGAGUUGAGGCUCGAAAUUUUUGGCGAAGCUAUGCCUGGACCACGCGUCAUCGAAAUCAUGUGGGCCAAUGAUCACCUCUACACAGACUGUCCUAUCCCAGCGCUGCUCCAUACCUGUGCCGAAUCGAGAAAUCUUGCUCUGAAGACUUUCAAGAAGUUCAAGGCGGUCGAUGACACCAUCUCGCUUGUUGCCGAUGAUGUUGCUAUGCCGGAUGAAGACAAACGCGCCCCACGACGUUUGGCAGUUGGCUUCGUGAAGCAGGAUCCUGCUAGACCCAUACAACCGUGGAGAUAUUGGCGAUCGCGUACACCUGGACAAUUGAUACUGUUUCACGAGUCAUUCACCGAGAUGUUCCAAGUAUAUGGCAAGCAACUUAAGGAUAAAAUGGUUGUCAAUGGUGCAACUGAGAAGCUUGUGGAUGACUUGGAAUUCGUUGGUAUUGAUAUCAUCAGAUCUGGCAUGAAGUCCCCACGUGUUCGCAAUCAUUAGACAUAGGCGAGUGAUCGAUGAAUUCUUCCCUGAGUAGAGAAAAUGGUGCAUAG